CCUGAUUCGAGAGUACCGCGACGUCUUCCCCCCCUAUUUCUCAUACAGUGGGAUUCCCCCGAUGCGCGGUGUCGAGCAUUCCAUCCAGCUCGUGCCUGACUAUCGUGUUCACCAUCAGGUACCAUACCGACUCUCGAUUCCAAAGGCGACAGAACUCAAGCGUCAGCUUGAGGAGCUCCUUCGACUGGGUUUCAUUAAACCCAGUAACUCCCCUUGGGGUGCACCUGUCCUCUUUGCUCGCAAAGCGGACGRAACUCUCCGCCUCUGCAUCGACUACCGCGGCCUUAACCGUUACACGGUUAAGAACAACUAUCCCAUGCCCCGUGCAGAUGAGCUGUUUGACGGUCUAGUAGGCAACCGCUUCUUCACGAAGAUCGAUCUUCGUAGCGGCAACCGCUUCUUCACGAAGAUCGAUCUUCGUAGCGGUUACCACCAGAUCCGCGUUGCCACAGAGGAUCAUCCGAAGACCGCCUUCCGAUCGCGCUUCGGCCACUACGAGUUCACGGUGAUGCCAUUCGGCCUCACCAAUGCACCCGCCACCUUCCAGACGGCGAUGAACGACAUCUUCAGGGACAUCCUUGAAGAAUACGUUCUCGUAUACCUGGACGACAUCUUGGUCUACAGUCGUACCUUAGAAAACCAUCUCAGACACCUCCGCGAUGUCCUACAGCGCUUACGCAAGCAUGGCUUCUAUGCCAAGCUCAGUAAGUGCCGCUUUGCCCAGCGUAAAGUGGACUUCCUAGGACACCAUGUGUCUGACCAGGGUCUCCACAUGGACGACGUGAAGAUCACUGCUAUUGCAGAGUGGCCCGUCCCCACAUCUGCCAAGCAGCUUCGCAGUUUUCUAGGCCUCACCAGCUACUAUAGUAAUUUUAUCCAGGGAUACGCUAGGUAUUCCUACGUCCUUACCUCUACCCUCCUCCGGAAGAACCCGCCGUGGUUUUGGACACCCCUGUGCAAGGACGCCUUUCGCGCCCUCAAGAAGGCGGUGACCUGUGCGCCGGUUCUUCGCCUUCCCGAUUUUGAUCGGCCCUUUAUCGUCACCACCGAUGCGUCAGACUUUGCAGUGGGAGUUGUCCUUUCUCAGGUGUUUCCCUCUCCUCCAGAUUUACCUUACCCCCUUAUCCCUCUUUCCCCCCCCCCUCCUGCUGACACUGCUUCUCGACUGACGCCUACCCUCCCACCACUUUCCUCCACUGACAGUCCUCUUGUUACUUACUCCCCGACCAUCGCGGAGGAUGGGACUAUCGAGGCUCGUGUUGGGAAUUGCCCGAUCGCUUUCUACUCCCGUCAGCUACUGCCUGCCGAGAUAAACUACACUGCCGAUGAACGUGAGGUUCUCGCAGUAGUUUAUGCUACCCGGCAUUGGAGUCAUUAUCUACACGGGGCGCCCUUCACGGUGCGUACGGACAACUCAGUUGUCCAGGCUUUCCUCACGAAGCCUAAGAUUUCCCCUCGAGAGGCACGUUGGUGGCGUGACUUAUCUGAGUUCAGUUUCACCACUCAGCCCAUCAAGGGUGAAACGAACCGCGUCGCAGAUGCCUUGUCCCGCCGUCCUGAUCACAAUCAGGAACCCAUCCAUCUUGCUGCCAUCUCCAUCACCACUGUUGAUCAGUCGGUGAUCGACGCGUAUCGCACUCAGUACCGCCACUGCCCCGAUUAUCGCUUCAUCCACGCGACACUGCGGAGUGGCAAGACCGUUCCUUCCUACUCCCUUGGGGAGAACGGCCUCGUGUACUGGCAUGGAAGAUCUGGUCAGCUAGAACCACGUAUCUGCGUUCCCUCCACCGGACAGCUCCGCGUCCAGGCUGUAGCAGAGUUCCAUGACCAGGCAGCUGCCGGUCAUAUGGGUUUCCACAAGACGUUGGCUCGUGUUUGUCGCCUAUACGUCUGGCCGAAGUCCAAGGACUUUGUCAAAGCCUACAUCCAGGAGUGUCCUACUUGCCAGGAGGUGAACAAUGCGAAUCACCUUUCGUAUGGGUUACUUCAGCCCCUACCCAUACCUGAGGGUCGUUGGCAGUUCAUCUUGAUGGAUUUCAUUGGUCCCCUCCGCCCACCCACUGAGCGCGGUCAUGAUGCUAUCUUGGUCGUCGUCGAUCGCUUAACGAAGCAUGCACGUUUUGUCCCGUGCCGCUAUCGCAUUAGCGCUCGUGAGGUCGCCGACAUCGUCUUCAGCCGAGUCGUGAGAGAUCACGGCUUACCUCAGAGCAUCAUCUCCGACCGUGACCUGCGCUUUACCAGCACAUUCUGGCGACGCCUACAUGAGGUGUACGGAUCCCAGCUCCGCUUCUCAUCGUCUUACCACCCUCAGACGGAUGGUCAGACCGAGGUCACCAACAAAACUCUCGACACUCGUUGCCCUGCGCUUGACGACUGGAUCGCCCACAUGGCGGCGAUUAUGAAGCGUGCACACGAGUGUUUAACCGACUCCCAGACUCGCAUGGUCGCACGAGCGAACCGAUCACGAAUGUAUCAUCCAUUCAAAGUCGGUGACGAUGUGCUUGUCGACGCACGCCACUUACAGCUCGAAGCAGAUACGCUUCGUAAGUUCAAGCGUCGUUUCUUCGGUCCAUACCGCAUCGUUCAGGCCGUCGGUUCUGAUACUGCUGCUAGUCCGGUCAACUUCCGUGUGAAGCUACCUGAUUACCUUCGACAAGCUCGCGGGCACGAUGUUUACCACGUCUCCUUGCUGCGUCCUUAUCGCAGACCGUCCGAGCGCUUCGCCGGACGCUCUUAUGAGCGCCCUCCACCUAUCAUGGUGGAUGGUCACGAGGAGUUCGUUGUUUCCGACAUCGUAUCACGCCGAGUUACCGACGAUACCCCUCCACGCAUCGAGUACCUUGUGCGUUGGAAGGGCUACCCUGAUGAGGAGGCUACUUGGGAGCCCCUUGAGCACUUGCAGCACGCCAGGAUGUUGGUGCGUGCAUAUGAUCGUGCUCGUCGUGCUGAGACAUCUGCUUCUACUCAGCCGACUGACCCUCUUCCUCCUCCUCCGGCUGAGGAGAUUGCUGAGGACGAGCCCAUUCCCUCUGAGGCCAUUCCUCAGCCGCAGAUGGUCGCCUCCGAGCGUCUACAGCGCACUCAUCGUCGCCCUUCGCGUUACGAUGACUGACACUCUUAUCCUCUAUCUUUCCCCACUGACUCACACCAUCAGGUACUCCAUCAUCAACUCUUCUUCAGGAUGUCAGCGUUUUGCGACUCU